AUGUGUUUGUCCUUUGAGGGCUAUGUCAGCUGCCAGGCGGAUGUGGAUGUCCCCACGCUGGUCUACGAGGCAAAGACCUGGUGGGCAGAUGAAGAGAUGCCAUCCGAAACUGGCCACCAGGCUGAGGUGGAGGUGCGAAAUGAAGCUCAGAAAGAGCUUGAAGAAGAACCUGAGAUUGCAUUCAGUACUUUGUUGUUCUACUGGCCAUUUGCCGAGAGUGAGCUAGAAGCAACUCAAGUGGAGACGGUCGAGGAUCGAGUGCAGUGCACUGCUGAAUGGCCACGUGCUCCGACGCAGCAGAGCGAGGCCACGACGCAGAUGGAUGAGGCGGAGCGGAGAAAGCGCCGGCCGGGUGCGUUCCGACGGGCCGACGGGUGUUCCACUCGACGUGGGACGGGACGGACUCCUCGUGCCGAAGCGAAGGUGCCAGAGACCCUGUCCGAGAACCGCAGUGAGGGCGAAGGCCCGACUCUUGUGGUGCUACCGCACGAGGACAUUGAGCCAACCCUGAAGACCUACACCCUGGAGACACUUGACCUGGGUCAAGGUGGCCAAGGUCCCGAGCUGCCAACCCUGGCUUUGGAGCCGCGGUGCGAUGUGCUGGACACAGACGCCGAGAGUUUCCCGUCCACCUUGCCGGACGAGUCGCGAAGCCCUUGCCGUUCGCCGGACGAGUCGCGAAGCGGCCAGGCUCGGUCGCCGGCGCCCGGCUCCACACGUGAAGCGCACUCGCCUCCCUCGUUGUUUGGAGCCUGGGACUCUUCGAAGAUCUUCGCUCAUUUGAAUUGCGACCAUGCUUCUGGGCCUCAAUGGGAGCGAAUCCUGAACCGUCACAGCAAAGCUGUGACCGAUCCCGACACUCGGGGGCUGGGCUGGUGCCCGGCUGGGACGGUGGCUGGGACGCUUCACACGGCGCAGACGGUUGUGGACGGCGUUGAUUUGGGGAUCUGUCCGGAUCGACGCUUGGACGGGGCUGUGGAGGCAAGACAUCGGCAGAAGGUGGACCAACUGCAGGCGGCCUUGUUUCAAUCGGAGGAGGAACGCCGGCGUGUGGAGCGAGAGCUGCAGUCGCUGCGACAGGAGGAGCAGACUCGGAACGAGGAGAAUCCCAGGCCACUCCAUGUGCUUUUGUCCGCUGGAGAAAAGGCACCUCCCUUGGUGAAGGAGCUGAAACUCGAGGUGAAAGGCACUCGCGAGCUUCGGGACAAGAUCUACACCUUGGAGGCGGAGCUGGAGAGCUGCAAACGUCGUUUGGAGGUCGAUGCGCGACAGCAGAUCGAAAAGGAGCAGAGCCGAGUAAGACAGUUGAACCUGGAGUUAGAGGACAAGGAGCGUCACGUCUCAGAGCUCAUCUUCGACUUGAAGCGCGCGCGCUCGGCGGCUGGUGAAGGGGAUUGGGCACAACGAGAGGAGGAGUACAUGCGCUUGAACCUGCAACUGCGAAGGCUGGAGGAGGAGCUCACGGCUUCGCGGCGGAACGAGCAGCAGAGCGCUGAGAGGCUGCUGGACGCGGAGCAUCAGAUUUUGGAGCUCCGCUUCGAUCGAGAGCAGGGUCAGCACCGAAGCUCUCGCUUGGAGACCCGCAUCCUGGAGUUGGAGCUCGCCGAACAAGAGCCCAGGCGUGCGGAAGGCCCGCCAGCGGCCAUGGCCUCCAAGCUCCAGAGCCGCAAGGAGCGAAAUCUGGAGAACGUCAUCGAGGGCCUCGAGCGGGUGAUUCACCAGCAGAAGGGGGACCUCCAGCGUUUAAGAGUCGAGCUCGAAAGGCGACCUGAACGGAAAGGAGAGAUGGAGAAACUGCGACGGAGGGUCCAGGAGCUUGAGGCGAGGCAGCAGGAGGUGCCACGUGCAGGCUUGGUGGACGAGCUUCGUCAAGCCUUGAACACGAAGGAAGAGCGUUUGAAUGCCCUGGAGCAGCAGCUGCAGGGUACACCCGCGCAGGUGCCGCCACGCGCACCAGAUGCUUCUUCUACAGCGGAGGUGCAAAGGUUGCAGCAGGAGCUGGCAGAGCUCCGACGCGCCCGAGGAGAAGACGCUGCAGCCCUGGAUGAGGCGCAACGAGCGCUACAUGAGGCCGAACGGACCGAACAGCGCUAUCUGGAGGUGGUUCGCGAGAACCGACGGCUUCAGCAAGAGCUCAGUGCCUUGGAUGACGAAGGCUUUUGGGAGGAGAUUCAGCAGCUCCAGAGGCGUAACGAGCAGGCAGCGAGCCUGGCGCGCGAGAGCAAGGAGGCGUUGGAACACUUGGCGCCCGCGGCUGGUGCGCUGGACUUCACUGGGCUCAUCGCUCGACUGGACGUCUUCAGCCGGCCAGCUGCUUAA